GCAAAAGCUGGCCCAUCCUGCCACUUCGCACCGCUAUCACGCCAGCAAGCAGGUUUGAGAAGACCACAUCAUCUCAUAAAGAAUGACCUUGAAACAUGCUGAAUAUAUUUUGAGACAACCGUACCGAUAGUUUUUCUAUAUGUCGGGUCUCUUUUCUUGUCUUUUCUCGAGAGGUUUUUUUCCAGUACAUAGAAUCAGUUCCGCAGCUGGUUGAGAGGAGCAUUUCACCAAACUAGCUAGCCUCUAUCUCAAUUCCAAAAGCCGCUGCCAACAAUGCCAGUCAAAGCGGCGGACUCGAUCCGCUACCGUGCCGAUGAAAGGGCUCAGGGAAAACUUCUGACAGCUAAGGAAAGGCUUAAGCUGAUCGAGCCCUACCUUCCUGAACGACCCGUGGACCGGGAGCAACGGGCGCGGCGCAAGUCGGUGCUGGGGGUCAGGCGCUUCCUCGCCAACCAGCUGUACCUAUUCGUCUACGUUCUGAUCCACACCGUCUUCUCGCUUUAUAUCCGCUCCCGUCAGGUCUACCACUUUUGCAAGGACCGCACCCGCUCCAUCUUGUCGUAUCACCACCGCACUCCCGAGAUAAUAGAGGGAGAUGUCAAAAAGCUCGGGAGGAUCCCCAAGCACUUGAGUGUCAUACUCCGCUUGGAGGAGGAUAGCGGUAGGGCCGGUGCCGAGCUCGAGAGACUGGUCAACGAGGUGGCCGAUAUUGCCGCUUGGUGCGCAUGCGCAGGCAUCCCCAAGCUAUCCGUUUAUGAAAAGACAGGCAUACUCAAGGGCUACCUGCAAAAGACUCACCGCGCAGUCUCUGCCAAACUGGCAUCCUACUAUGGCGACUGUCACCCAGCACUAAUUGUCAAGGCACCACACACUCCCUCUAUCGAGUCUGACCCGUCCGCCGAGAGUGGCUCUGAUGACAAGCACAUUACUGUUCUUCUCCUCUCUGCCGAGGAUGGUCGGGAUUCGCUUGUCGACCUUACCAAGACGCUGACAGAGAUGGCGCAAGCUGAGAAGCUAUCGCCAGCUGAUAUCAACAUGGACGUCAUCGACACGGAGCUGACCGAGAGCGUCAUGGACGAGCCCGACCUACUGAUUCACUUUGGUCCGCACGUCGUUCUGGAUGGCUACCCACCGUGGCAGAUCCGUCUAACAGAGAUCUACCAUGCCCAAGACAACAACAGCGUCGGGUACCAGGUGUUCCUCCGCGGCCUCCAGAACUAUUCUCGUGCACAGUUUAGAAACGGCAAAUAGGUCUUGGACCGCCCGGGGAUGUUAUCCUGUACCUGGUGAAGGCAGAAAAGUUUCUUUUCUUGGCUGCUUAUCCACAUUAUAAUAGCUGUUCUUCAUUCUACAUGUAGACGAUUGACUCGUCGACUCAUCAAACAUUUGAAAAUCAAAGGAGCGGCUCGGUACGUAAUUCCAACUGUCUUAUGAAUGUGAUUUACCCAAUACUACUAGGUGUUGAGUGACCAUGGGCCAGUCUUUUGGACUGCUGCAACUGUAAAAAAUCAACUGCCGCCCAUUCGGAAAUUUCCUAGGGACGUUGUCCCACAGCAAUGUCAGGAGGGUUAACGCUGUUGAGGAGAGAUGGGUUAAAAAGACUUGUCGAUGUGAGCCGUUUCGAUGCGCCAGCCUAUUCAUCACCUACUGCAAUACCACUUCGUAGGAAAUGUAUACGCGCUGACUCGUCUACCCCCAGGUGACAUGGACCCACCACACAAGGUCGCAGCAUCUGUACUUUCAGCCCGUACUAAAAUCGGUAGAUAUCGAGAUGUCAUUCCCUGC